CUUCAAAGGCAAUUUGAACAGUAGACGGCGCACUACUAUUUAUCAGUUGAGUCUUGAGAGCGAGAAGACCCCAUUAGCCAUGGACUUCAAUGCCCACAUCGAAAGAAUCUUAUGGACUGAGGAACAAAUUUCAGCUAGAGUUUCCGAACUUGGUUCUCAAAUAACUCAGGAUUUUUCCAAUUCCGGUAGUUCUUCUUCUUCUUCUUCUGCUGCUCCGAUGGUUGUUGGAGUUGCCACGGGGGCCUUUCUGUUCUUAGCCGACCUGGUCCGCAAAAUCCGAUUGCCGGUUUCUGUUGAUUUUGUUCGGAUUGAGUCCUAUGGUUCUGGGACCGUUUCAAGUGGGAAACCCAAAAUCACGUGCGAUUUGAAGAUUGAUGUUCGAGAUAGAAACGUCAUUGUGGUAGAGGACAUAGUAGAUACUGGAAACACCUUAUUGUUUCUCAUGGAUUACUUGAAGUCAAAAGGAGCAUCCUCAAUGUCUGUUUGUACCCUUCUUAAUAAAUCGGCAAAACGUAAGGUGAAUGUGGAGGUAUUUGGCGGCGGCAAGUUCUACUGUGGCUUUGAGGUAAUUUCUCUCUCCUGGACUGCAUUUUUUGUAUUUUUCUGAGGUGGGAUGUUGUGCAUUUGAAGCAUCUUGCUUUUAUACUUUUAGCCCUUUAACAUUCUCUCUAAUCCAUGUUAAGAAUGAACAAUAUCAUAAGCCCUAAGCUUCAUGUCCUGUUAUACAUGUCAGCACUGUCAAGUCUUGGUAAGGCCAAUCUCAGAUAUCUGAGGAUUUCAAUUGUAGAUGUUGCAUUGUAAUUGAAUUCAUAAUUCUGUCAUGGCAGUGCCCGGAUAAUUUUGUCGUCGGUUAUGGACUGGACUUUGCCGAGCAGUACAGGAACUUGCCUUAUGUUGGAGUCCUGAAGCCUGAAUUAUACCAGUAGGAACUAUUGGAUGCUGGUCUGAUUUUCUAGGGUAGCAGAAAUGAUCUUCGUCUACACCAUUGUUGGCACUGGAUUGCAGUUAUUUGAAUUCGUCCACGUAAUGAUAUAAGUGGAUUCCACAAUAGCAUUCAGCUCCCAGGAUAGAGUGAUAUAUAUCUUCUACAAAAGCUGCAACUUUGUGGCUUUAGCCUUUUAAGUGAUGUAAUAUAUGAAACCCAUUUCCAAGUUCUAGAUGAACUUUUUACAGUCAGGAUAAUGAUUCACAUUUUUGUCUUCAAUUUGGAACAAGUUCACAGAAAUUCUGGAGAGUAUGUCUUUUUCUACCUUUUGCUCCACAUAUUCAGUAGAACCACACAUCUAUGUACUACUUCUCGUAUAUCAGAAUCCAAUGCUAUUGUACUUUUCUCAUUUUAGCAAAACAGCUACCUGCACCAGAAUUAGCUAAAAAUAUGCAAUUUUUUGUUAUUUUGAUAUGUCAUAACGUCAUAAUCCAC